AUGUGGAAAAAAAAAAGAAAAAAAAUGGAAAUUAAGUGUAAAUAUAAAUAUAUAUAUUUAUAUAUUAAAUAGUUUUAUUAAAUUAAUUAAAGAAAAGAAAGAAAAGAAAGGACAAAAAGAAGAAAAGUAGAAGAAAAGUUCAUUUUCUCUUUUCUUCUUCUUCUUCUCUUCCCUUCACCGCCAAGUUUGAAGACAUCCAAGUUCUCUUUAUUUUUUUUUUCUUUUUCCUUCUUCAAUUUGCAGAGAACUUCUAAGAGAUAGUUUGGAAGAAGAAGAGAAAUUUUACUAGAAUUUUUAGGUUGAAGAAGAGGAGGAGAACUCAAGCAAAGUGUAUCAAUGGCUGAAUUUUAGUUCAUUCUGCACAUCACUGGUUUUUAAUUCGGUUUGAACUCUUCAAAAGGAAUUAAGAGGGCAGUUGGUUUUCACUCGAAAUCAGGAGGUCUCUAGUUUUUCUUGUAUUUCAGAGUGUAUCGGUGGAGUUAGAAUUUCUAUUUGAUAUGGAACAAGUUAAAGAGGUCGUGUGCGCGCGAUUCUGGAAGUGGUUCUGUUUUGAGGGUUAUAUGUGUUUAUGCACGGGGAAUCAGAUUUAUAUGUCUUCAUGUAGAGAUCGACUUCCCGGUGCCUGAUAGACUACCUUAGUCGGCGGAAGCUUCAUUAUCGAUUGCCAGAGUCAUGCCACCACGUACUGGUAGACGACGCCGGUAGAAUCAGGACGGGAUGCAAGGUCCUACCCAAGGUCCAUCUGUAGGGGAAUCUAGUACCCUAGGAGUUCGAGGUGGUGCAAGAAACGAGCAGUUUGCGAGAACAACACAGGAAAUAGGAAGGACAGAUAGAGCAGAGCCUAGUGAUCCAGAAAAGGCAUACGGAAUUGAACGGCUGAAGAAGUUAGGGGCUACAGUGUUUGAAGGUUCCACAGAUCCAGCUGAUGCAGAGAACUGGUUGAAUAUGCUUGAAAAGUGUUUUGAUGUGAUGAAUUGUCCUGAGGAGCGAAAGGUUAGAUUGGCCACAUUUUUGUUGCAAAAAGAGGCUGAAGGAUGGUGGAAAUCUAUAUUAGCAAGACGCAGUGAUGCACGUGCUUUAGACUGGCAGACUUUUAGAGGCAUAUUCGAAGAUAAGUAUUAUCCCAGCUCAUACUGCGAAGCCAAGAGGGAUGAAUUUCUGGGGUUGAAACAAGGAUCACUUUUAGUGGCUGAGUAUGAGAGGAAGUAUACCGAGCUUUCACGGUAUGCUGAUGUUAUUAUAGCUUCUGAGAGUGACAGGUGCCGAAGGUUUGAAAGAGGGUUGCGUUUUGAAAUACGUACCCCAGUUACAGCCAUUGCUAAGUGGACGAAUUUCUCUCAGUUAGUGGAGACCGCCCUUCGUGUGGAGCAGAGUAUAACAGAAGAGAAAUCGGCAGUGGAGCUUAGUCGUGGGACUUCAACAGCUAGUGGAUUUAGAGGCUGUGAGCAGCGGAGGUUCACGCCUGGGAUAAAUAUUUCAAGCCGUCAAGAUUUUAAGAAUCGCUCUGGAGGCCAAGCAUCGAGAAACGUGAGUUAUGGUAGUGUUUUUCAGAGAUAGAGCCAGAGAAUACCUAGUCAACCCAUUAGAUCAACAGUAAGAUCGCAACCAGGUCAGGAGUCCAUUGCUAGUACCGUCAGGCGAAUACCAUGCACGAGUUGUGGCAGGAACCAUCGGGGUCAGUGUUUGGUAGGUGCCGGUGUAUGUUACCAGUGUGGACAGCCAGGACAUUUCAAGAAAGAUUGUCCGCAG